GUAGUGGUAAACGAGGCUGAAGCGUCACAGUGCCAACCGUUCUACCUUGGCGUCGCACGGAUCGAGUUACGCGCAUCUUAACUAGUGUGGCUUACAAGUCUAGUUCCCCGUACCUACCGAACUAUAGAAAGAUCUGACGAGUUGGUGGCUCGAUGCAGACGAGCUUGUAUAUUUGUAGAAAAAGAUGCCACUGUCACUAUGCAGCCAGGUCACGGCCUGACCUCAGAGAUAUCGCCAUGAGUGGUCCUCUCUCUUGGCCCCAAACGAGGCCGUCAACCAUCUGCAGUGUAUCGUAAGAUGUAAUGAUGGCUAAGACUGCCGUGUAUAAAGCGCGAACGGAUUCUGCGUAGUCCGGCAGUGAUAAUACAACUGAUUCCUAAGAUACAUACACACUGUCUCACUGAUACCGAACAGCCAAUUCUGGAUUAAGAUGGUUAAAAUCACUGGCAUUACCGGCGCCCAGUUCGAAGCCGACACGCCCGAAUACGAUACCGCACGUAUCCAAUAUGCCACUUUCGGCGGAAAUCAUGACGACCAGGGGCUAGACCCUCUCCUGAUCAUCAAGCCGAAGAACAAAGACGACAUCAAGCUUGCACUUGCAUACGCCAAUGAACAGAGGAUCGCUGUCGCGAUCCGCACGGGGGGACACCAGUAUAGUGGUGCAUCCUCAACGACAUCCCAGAAUAUUCAGAUUGAUCUGUCAGAGACAUUUGCGGGUGAAUGGUUCUCAACCGAGGAAAUUGAUGGAGAACAUAAGAGGUCACUUGUGCGAGUCAGUGUAAGCUGGCGUCUUAACGACUUCAAUGCUAUGCUUGGCGCGAAUGGUCUAUUCGUUCCGCAUGGCCAGUGUGGUCAUGUUAUGUUAGGAGGUCAUGUCCAGACCGGGGGAUAUGGACAGCUUGGUCGCAGCUUUGGUCUGCUGUCGGAUCAUGUUCGGACGCUGGAGAUCAUCACGCAUGAUGGGCAAGAGCUCGAGGUCGAUCGCACGCAUUUCCCGGAGCUGUUUUACGCCAUGCUGGGUGGGAGUCCGGGGAACUUUGGCGUCCUGACGCAUGUAACGCUCGAAGUGCAUCGCGACCAGGAUCAUCAGGGCGCACGCGCGAUGAAGGCGGGUUGGUUGUAUGACCCAGCUGUGAUGAAACGGUUGACAGAUAUGGUCGUUCAAAUGGGCGAAGACGAUAAUUUUCCCGCGAAUUUCGACUUAUGUGUAAGCGUUAUCGACCACGGCGCGGACUUACCAGCUCACGGUUUCGAUAAUCCUGCGCUGAGAGACAGCAACGACCUGGGACCACCUAUGAUUGUUGUAUAUGCGCAAUGGGUACCAUUGACCCCAGGUGAAGUAUUUGACGAGCGAGCUCAACAAUGGUUCACGGAGCUGGGUCAAGGCGCUUUUCAAGGUAACACCAUCAUCGAGGCGCCAAUGUCAAAAAUCACACCCAUGUGGAUCUUUCCCAACCCACGCGAAUACAACUUACCAUACGUCAAGCGCGCAUACGUCACCAACUCGAAGACAUUGUCGAAGGAUGGUUGGGCGCAGUGGGUGACUGAUAGAUGCACGCAGAUUGUGGGAAAACAUGCUGAAGACCUGCAUCUUGCAGUUCAACUCCAGUGCUUUGGAGGAGGAUUGUCCAAGUUCAAAAUAAAUGCUGACAAUGGAACAUCGCUGAGCUGGCGUAGGGACAGCACCAUUGUGGCCGUGUUGGACUGCUUCCACGACGAAGAUUCCAAGGUUGAUGCGGAGCAAUGGCAGAACGUGAACGAUGAGCAAGGUGUUGGUCCCAAGGGUAUCUUCAGCAGGGAGGACCGUCGGGUGCUCUGGGGCUCAUACGGCGAGUGGGACCUUGACAAGGUGUGGAACUGUUAUUACGAAGACCGUGAAAAGUACGAGAAACUGGGUGAGAUCAGGAAGAUCUAUGACCCGAAUGGAGUGUUCACGUCAAAUCCAUUCUCAGUGAAGCGCGCUGUUUGAGUCAAAGAGCCGGAUGAGUGUAGAUGGCGGUUCAGAGUAGCGAGACAGGAUGUAUGUAUUAGUAGCACAUGUAUUCAACGCAACAUUCUUGCAAAUCGACGUGAUCCGUUAGGAUUGGGUGACAGCACCCAGCCAUGCUCUUGGUGUCGCUUGAAGCGAUGACGCUGCAGUACCUGUCCACGUCUUCUCUAUCACGUCGAUCUUGCCUGCAAGACGUCCCCAAACAUCUCUUCU